UGCGCCUGCGCACAGUUGGCUUUCUAUCGUUGACGUCUGCGGAUUUGUGCGCACGUUUCUGCGUUUUUUCGAUUCGCGGUUCGGUUCGAUUUGAUUGUGGACGUGGACUUAUUCCUCCUCUUCGCACACACACACAAAAUAAAAUAAAAACACAGAUACAGUGGCGAACAUGUGAAGUGGCAAUAAUCGAAAGAGCAAGCAACAGAAAUUAGAACAAGCCCACAGCAAAAAUUCAAAAGAAAGAAAGAAAAAAAGAAGUGAACAAAAACGCAAAAUUUUACUAUGUUUAAAAUGCGGCUAAAAAAUUGUGAAAAUGGUUGACAAAAAGUUAAAGAAAUUGUCAAAUACAUUCCAAAUCCAAUUAUUAAAAUUCCCAACAAAGUGCUAAAAGUGAAGAAAAACAGUGCAAUACAAAGGAAAUACGCUUAACAAAAAGUUAAAAUUCAAAACAAAUACAAAACAAAAUAUCAAAAAUAAAUAAAUAUUAUUACACAUGCUAAAUACUCCCAAAAAACGCUGUUGUAAAUAUUUAAACCAGGAAAUCAGCUGCGUUGACCCAUUGUACAUACUGCAAAAAAAAACAAAUAAAAUCCAAGAAUAUUGGAAAGCAAUCUAAAUUAAACCACUAUCCACUACGGAACUAUCGUCCCAGAUUAAAGGGUUGCAAUUUAUAUCUAUAUCCCACAUUUAAUAAACAAUCUACUCGAACUACUACCUGUUCAUUUUUUUAUGCAUAGUUUUAUGUCUUCCUCCCAUUGUUUUUGAUUUUUAAAUUACAACCCCAAGGAUUAAAUAUAAACUGAGCACGGAUUAUCGCUUACAAUAACACAAACAGAAAACACCGAAAAAAAACUUCCAAAAGGCGUUGAAAAUAUUUUGAAAAUUGUUUUCAAAAUGUCAAUUAGCUGAAGCUGCAAUUUCGUAACACUGAAACUUGGUCCUUGGAUAGCGUCGGAUCUGUUAACCCACGGAUCGCCGGAAGAUUCGCCUCGAUCGCCUGGGUCCACUGACAAUGAAGUUUUGCAGCAUGAACGGCCCAAGUGAAUCGGAAGUUGAGAGCCUGCUGAUGAGUCCUUGCUGGGGACCUCCCCAGACCUCCGCCCAGGAUCAGUACCUGCUCGAUGGGCACAAGCUGCUGCUGGAGCACGAUCUGGAUUCGCUGCCCAGCGAUGCGGAUCAGAAGAACUCGCUGGAUGUCCUGGACAAUCUGCUGCUGAACGGAUCGUCCCUGAAUGCCCUGUCCGACCUGAAACCCCUACCGCCCUUCACCGGCUACACGGGUCACCUGUCCAUCAAUGGGAUCUCCGGCCACCACUACCAUGCCAUUGCCCAAAGGCUGCCGGAUGAGAGCAACAACAACUACAUGCAGAGUGCCUACCACGCCCAGAACCAAUCGAAUCCCACGCAAUCGAACGGGGGCAGCAAUAGCAACUCGAACUCCAAUGAGCACAACAUAGUCUCCUCCUCCACCUGCUUACCCGAAAGUGUUCUCAGUGGGAGUGGCGGAGGGGGGGGCACGGGAGGUGGAGGAGGAGGAGGUGGCAACGAUGCCUGCCUGGCGGACGUGAAGCUCUUCGCCGAUAGUCAACUAGAUUCUAAGCUUUACUCCGUGGCCGACAGCUGUGUGAUGAAUGGCUCUUCCGGCUCCUCAGCGAAUGGCAAUGGAGCCGGUCCCAGCAUAGCCACACUGACGCCCAUCGACCAGGUGGCCGACUCCCUGCACAACUCGGGUGUUCGCAUCUACAAGGACCUGACGGAGUAUGUGGACAUGAACUCCAUAGAUGACAUUGCCGCCAUUAUUGGUUCCGCCAUUGCGGACACCACGGUGCCCAAUCAACUGGACAAGGACGACAACAACGACACGCGGGACAGCUGGAUGGAUCUGGAUGCGUGGAUCGAUGGCAACUGCAUACAGCAGGAGUCGGCCAAGGUGCUGGUAUCGCAGCAGGAUUCCCUGGGGGACUUUAUGCUGCCGCACAGUCCGCUGCCCAUGCAUGCCAGUAGUUCCACGCUCCAGAGUUUACUGAGCCACGGCUACAUGCCGCUGCUGCAGAACCGCCUGCAGAAUGGUCCACCGAAUGGUAACUCAUCUGGAGGAGGAGGAGGAGCGAAUCCCGGAUCGGGGAUCAAGGGGGAUCCCCAGGCGCCCACAUCUACCUCGUAUUGCAACGAACUGGCGGCGGCCACCAGCAGCAGUUGCAGUCCACCCGGUUCGGUGGUCAGCACCACCGACAAUCCCAACGGCCUGAUGAUCAAUCCGCGGUACCUGAGCAAUCCGACCAACAAUCAGGCUACGGGGAAUCCCCAUCAGCACGGUGGCUAUGCCAUGCAGAAUUCGGGCCUUUCCCUCAAGGACAAUGGCCUGUGUUCGCCGGAUCUCCUGGGCAACUAUCCGCAUACGACGACGGCCAGCACGACGGGUUCGGAGCUGCGAACCGGGGCGCCCAAGGCCAAGAGAUCCCGAUCCCAGAAGAAGUCCAACCAGCAGCAGCAGCAACAGCAGCAACAGCAACAACAACAGCAGCAGGGGGAGGGCGGGGGAGCACCCAACACGCCCCAAAUGAGCGCCAUUUCACCCUCCGGUUUCAGCGCCAGCGAUCUGAGCGGACUGCUCGGAAAGGAGAAGCCCGUCCAUCGGUGCAGCAUCUGCAAUCGGGGAUUCCUCAACAAGUCCAACAUCAAGGUGCAUCUGCGCACCCACACCGGCGAAAAACCCUUCCGCUGCGACGUCUGCGCCAAGGCCUUUCGCCAGAAGGCGCACCUGCUCAAACAUCAACAGAUACACAAGAGAAUUGGGCGUGACUGACGCUCCUCCACGAGCUUUAUGUUAUAGCCGAACAACCAGUAGCAUCUAACAGGGAGGGCUUCCAUUCCCAGCACAGAAAAAUAGGAUCAUUUACAUAGGAUUCCUUAGACAAUUUGGUUAAAUCGGAAUUUGUCAAAUAUCUUCCUUCCAAAAAAGACUGUUUAGUUUCUUGGAAAGUGGAAUUUAUUCUUACCGAAUUCACCAAAUUUGUAAACUUAGAAACAAAUUAAAACUUCAAAUUUAUAUCACAUCAAUGUGUAAUAUCUAUUAAAAAGAUAUGACACCAAUUGUCAAUUCUAAAAAUCUCUUGAAAAUAUGUCCAAAUGGGCAGCUUUUCAAGUGCUUUCAAAUCACUAGAAGCUUUAAAUUUUGAUUUAAAAUCAAUUACUAAAUUUUGCAAGGAUUUAUAUUUUAUUUGAUUUGUUCAAGUUUUGGAUGUCAUGUAACUAUCAUCUGAUAUUUUUCUGUGAGGGAUUAUUCCCGCCUCAAUUUUGAGUCCAUUAUUGGACCCUUUAUUGCCUGGUGGAUGGAUUCUCCCUGUUUUCUCUGUGUGCGUGUGUGCCAGUGCUCGGCCAGAAUAAUGUCUGAGUAUCGUCCAGAACUCGGAGAUUGUCCAGUCUAUAUAUCCACUAUAUAUAUAGGAAAAUGCUUAAUAGGUCACGCAGUGGCAUACACACACUUUUUGAUAUUCGUUGUUGUUGGUUGCUUUUGAUCUCUUCGUUUAUUCGUAAAUAGUAAAAAAAAAAGGAUUAGAAAAAAGUUAAAUAGUGGAAAUAUUUUGAGAUUUUAAGAAGAACUUUAAAGUUCCUUGAAAAUCAAGAACAAAAAGAUUAUCUGAAAAAUUAAAAAACUUUUAACAUCUCUUAGAUUUAUUUUGUUUUGCCCGUUUUCGUUAGAAAUUUUUUUUUUUUAAGAACAUUUUUGAUUUUAAAAGACAAGAAAAUGUUAGUUCACUUUUGACAGGUUAAAUUAACAUCAACCUACUACCUCCAAUCAGAAAAUAAAAUGUUGAGAAGCUUUAUCACACCAGAUUUGUAGCCUCAGAAAUAGCGAAAAUCCAAAGAGACCACAAGCAAUGUAAGAACAACGAAGCGUCCAAUUGUCAUUCUGCAACUGUUGUUCUGUUUUGAUGCAGGGUCGCGGGCUUCGAGCAGCCAAGGUCCUGGCACAGGUAAAUCGUAUCUAAUAACAAUCUAGACAAUAAUACCAAUUAAGGAGGGGGAAUGAGCGGAAGGUGUAUAAAGUUCUGAAUGUUGUCUGUACCUCAUCAUGUUGAAAACUGAAAAAGUGACGCAUACAAAUUACAUUUUAAAUUAACACUAAUCAAGCAAAAGCAAUAACAAUUUUAAAUUAAUUACUUUUAAAAUGUACAAACCAAUGGAAAAGCGUUAUUUUUAAAAAUGUUUAGAUGUAAGAAUUUGUAGCGGGCUUGGCAAAAUAUUAUUCAUAAUAAUCAAUUUGCAAAACAUGAAACGUUGAAGAAGAUAAAUCUAAACCGAAAUCGAUGGAAAUGAUGAAAAUCGUUUAGCAAAGUACUCAAGUAAUAAACUCGAUUUAAUUUAGCCAAUAUCGUAAAGCGUUGUUAAUUUGUUUUUUAAAAAGUUUGUUGCUAAAGUUUUAACGUUAAUCUUAACCUUAAAUUAUGUUCAAUAUACCCGAAAUUAUUUAUCUUUAAUCAUUGGACACACUCAGCACCCGAAAAAAAACCAACAAUUAAAUAAACCAUAAAAUAGUUUAAUUCUAAUUUAAACGUAUGUGUAAUUUCUAUAAACAAAAGACAAUAUUAAUUGUGUUAUUUUAGUUAUCGUGCAAUUUUAUUUAUUUUUACAAAAGCAAACUUGAAUUUUGUUCAACACAUUUCGAUUUGUAAAUAUUUAUUUCGUAACUGUAAUGCCUAAUAUUUAAUUAAUUAUAUUUAAAUAAAUUCAAAUGUCAUUCAAAAUGUGCAAAACAAACUAAGCCUACAA